AUCGGAAACUACGCACUUUUGGCGCGUCAUUCCCGCGCCGCCCACGUUGCGCCCCCGCCGAGUGAUUGGACCGCCGGCCGAAUGCCAGAAAGAAAGGGCGUUGGCUUAUCAGAUGGCGCAUGGGUCGGGCUAGAUCAUGGAUCGAGUGGCGCCCAUCAUCGCCUCGCCGUGACUUCACAGGCCCUUUCAUGCACGCCUAAUUACUGUGAACGGAACAUUGUCCUGAGUCACACUUCGUUGUAUUAUGUAUUUUUACUAAAAACCUGCUGCUAGCCUCUUCAUCGAACCCUGUUCCUGUUGACACCUGCGACUUCGGACAUACCGCAUCUAACCGACAAGUACUACCGAUCUUGGCCAAGUUUGUUACCAUGGAUCCUAAGGACGUUCCCACCAACACCGAGGCCGAGCUUGAGUCUUUCCGCCAGAAAUGGAGAGAAGAAGUCACUGCCCGGGCCAAGGGUAAGACGCCUGCAUCGUCGGCAUCCGCAAAGCCCACCACUACUUCCUCAUCCACCGGCAAACCUCAUCCAAACAAAAGCAAUGCGUCGGAUGCUCAACAUCAUACUCGUACUCGGAGCUUGAGCUUAGAAGGCGGCGACGAAGUCAACUCUUACACGUAUCACAAUCUGGGCGAGAAGCAACAUGGCCAGAGACUUGAUGAAACCAGUGCCCAGACCGCUGCCGCUAUUGCUGAGGAGGCUGAACCAAGGUCUGCGUUAGAACACUAUGAGAAAGCCGUAGAGAAAGAGAGUCAAGGUAGCCUCGGUGACAGUGUGGAUCUAUACAGAAAAGCGUUCAAGCUCGACUCAGGAGUCCAAGAAACCUACAAGGCUAAGCACUUCCCGCCCUCAUACUUCAAGAAACUCAAAGCUGCACAAGCGGCAAAUGCAUCGGCUCCAUCAGCUGCUCCAUCAUCUGCCGUGCCUAAGCUCCAGGACCCCAACCCAUCCAAUGUCUCUGCGACAGUGCCUAAUACCGCCCACCACUCCCUACAUGGCCUUUCGCCUUCGUAUCAGAAUCUGAUCAGCGAAUUCGCGAGCACCUCCAUCCUCGGCGAACUACCACCAACAGAAUUCAGUCCCACGCCACCAAGUCCAAUCUCCAACAUCCCAGAAGAAAUCAUCGUGGAGAUUCUGGAGCAACUCGCCGUACAAGACAUAGCAUCAUUUGCCCGUCUAGCCCAAGUGUGCAAACGCCUCGCCUACCUCAUAACCACAGAAGACCGCGUCUGGAAACGACUAGCUCUCGGGCCUGAAUAUGGCUUCACGUCCAUGCACUACACCUGGUCAUGCGAAGUAGGCGGGAAACCACUUAGCGACGACCAUACUGGCGGAAUAACCCUAGGCACCGCCGACCUCUCUCUAUCCGACAGCGAAGAGACAGAACCCGAGUCUGAACCACUCUCUCCAGCACUCCUGACCCAACUCCUCGUGCCAACCCCCUACCCCACCUACCGCACCCUCUUCCGCCAACGCCCCCGCAUCCGCUUCAACGGCUGCUACAUCAGCACAGUAAACUACACGCGCCCGGGCCAAGCUCAGCCGACAACCUCCUCCUGGAACUCACCCAUUCACAUCGUAACCUACUUCCGCUACCUACGCUUCCUCCGCGACGGAACGUGCAUCUCGCUGCUCACCACUACGGAACCCGCAGACGUAGUGCCUUACCUCUACACCGAGCACAUCCACAAGAACCAUCACAACUUACCUAGCGCGCCGAUGAAAGAUGCCGUUUUGGGUCGCUGGCGUAUGAGUGGACCUGAACCGGGUAGUGGGGAACAGGAAGGUACGGUGCAUAUUGAGAAACCGGGAGCGACGCCAAAGUACAUGUAUAAGAUGGCACUUGCUUUUGGGAAUGCGGGCAGGGGGGCUAAGAACAAUAAACUGGUUUGGCAAGGGUACUGGAGUUAUAAUCGGUUGACGGAUGAUUGGGCCGAGUUUGGACUGAAGAAUGAUCGUGCGUUUUACUUUAGUAGGGUUAAGAGUUACGGGAUGAGCUGGGAUGAGAGGGGGGUCAAGGAGUAGGAGUCAAAGAUGCGGAGUUGAAUGUUAGCAAUGAAGGACUGCCGAUAACGGUCACUGCAUUAGCAAAUGGUUGUGAGAAGUCCAUGAAAGCUGCACAGACGUGUGAACGUGACGUUGU